AACAGGCGCAACAAACGGAUUUUAUAACUCUAAAACAAAUGCAAAAAAAAAAUAUUCGUAAAUAAUUAAUAUUAUUUAUUAUUAAGUUUGUGCUUAGUGUGAUUAGAGAGCUUAGAAGAACCGCAUGUGUUCUUCACGUGUACAUAUGAGUAUUAAUUAAUUAAUUGAUUAAGUCGUAAUUCAUGCAGUGAUAUUUAUAUUAAUAAUAAAUAAAUGUACCUUUAUGGAAGUGUGAUUUUAUUGAAUAUUAAAAUAUAAAAAUAUAUUUAUUAAAUCAAUAAUAUUGUUGUGGAUUUUGAAUGCUAGAAAAAUGAAGCUGUUAGAAAAAAACGGUCAAGCUAGCAAAGAUGGAGACGCGAUGAAGAUUCUAGAAGACGCAUUAACGCUGUGCAAAUUUGGCAAAUUCCAUUACUUGCUGCUCGCUGCUACUCUCUGCUCUAUCUUUGCUGUCAUGUUCAUCUCUACUACGACAUCAUUUGUCCUUCCGGUAGCAGAAUGUGAUCUCAAAAUGAAUAUGAUGUAUAAAGGAUUGAUGAAUGCAAUACCGUUUUUUGGACAAAUAGGCGUAAGUGUCUUUACUGGGUUUUUAGCGGAUACGUUUGGUAGGAGAAAGUUUCUGAUAGCCGGAAACUUUGGGAUGUUUAUUGGAACUGUAAUCGAGGGAUCGAGUCAGAACUAUUGGAUGAUGUUGUUCAUUAAACUUACUGAAGGCAUAUUAGUGAGUUUGGGUUUUUGCGCAAUAUCAACUAUGCUUUCUGAGUUCACACCGUUUGCUGUAAGAGAUAGAGUACUGCUUGUGUACUCAGGUUUCGCCUCAUUCUCCCUGAUCGUGGCUGCAGUACUAGCCUGGGCGGCUCUACCCCUCCCUAUACAUUGGGUUAUAUGGGAGGGAUACUUUGAAUUGCACGCGUGGAACGUUUACCUCUACAUAUGUUCAAUAUGGAGUUUACUGGCGUUCAUUCUGUAUUACUAUUUACCGGAGAGCCCGAAGUUCCUCCUGUCGCAUGGCCAGGAGAAGGAAGCCUUGGAAGUACUCAAAACUAUAUACAGUAUGAAUACUGGGAACGAUCGAGAUUCUUUUCCUAUAAAGUCAUUCAGCACAUCUGGAACUCUCAAACCGACUGACGCGAAAAGUCUCAAAAAACAACUGCGAAGCGCCCUGAAAGAGGUGAAGGAACUCUUUAGGAGACCUCUACUUUAUAGACUACUGCUGUCCUCAUUUAUUAUUUUUGCGGGACUUCUUGUGUUCACAUCAUUCAGACUUUGGUACCCGCAGAUAUCCACAAUAAUAGAGAACUACAGCAAGAACAAUGGGGAGUCAGCGAGUUUCUGUGUGAUGAUCACUGAUUAUAUGGAAGGACUAAACAAAGGGCAGUCUGUUGAUGCAGUGAAAAAUGCUACUGAACCGGGUAUAUGUAUACCGAAACUGAGCGGCAGUGAAACGUACAUGAACGGCAUAAUAUUAGGGUUCGUCACGCUAAUAUUUGUAAUGAUAAGUGCCUGCCUCGUGAAGAAAGUCGGGCAAAAAAUCCUCAUGUUCGUAAUCCUGAUACUAUCCGCUAUAUGUUGUGGCUCAUUGUAUUGGACUUAUAAUUCCUUGGUGAUUGCUGUUCUUAUGUCAGCCACUUGCGGACUGUUGCAGACAGCGCUAAGUCUACAAUACAACCUUUUUGUCAGAAUUUUUCCAACGACGUCACGAACUUUGGCUGUUUCAAUAAUUAUGUUAAUCGGUCGGUUCGGAUCUCUGAGUGGCAAUAUUUUAUAUCCGAUAUUGCUGAAUAUGGGAUGUAUGGCUCCAUUCAUUGCUACCUCUCUUGUUGCGCUAGGUUUGGCGGGGCUUGUUUACUUUCUGCCGAAUGUAAACAAGGAGAAUAAAGAGACUGGCGACAAGUGAACAUAAUUUUGGUUUUUGUACAAACUGCUUAGUUUCAUAAGUAAUAACUAUAUGACAACUACUUCUUCCCACCUUUUUGAACUCCCUAUUUGAUAAGAGUAAAAGCUCAUUAGAUCCACCAUAGAAAAUAGACGCCUGGCCGACGACUUAACAACAGAAAACGCUCCCUAAGCAAUACAAUCAACUGUUACACAGCGAACAAUCAAAAUAUGUUACUGAGCGGAUAGAACCUCGGUUAAGUCAGAGUCGCACAGUCUCACAGGGGACGCUUUCAGAUAGUCGUUCCACCCUCCCGUCUUCUUCUAGCCUUUGGGCCAUUGCUGAGCGUCUGGACUCUCCUAAACACUCAAUUAAGGAGCUCCAAAAGGAAAAUCUUCCUUCUUUUGCAAUGAAAUGAAAUGAAAUGAAAAUAUGCUUUUUUGCACACGACAUAGGAAGCAAAAACAAGAUACAAAUUAUUAUUUACUGCCCACCUUUCCACCAAGCCUUCCCUUGUUAGGUUAGUAUUAUUUUAUAUAAACUUCUACAGUCAUUACAGCAACUCCGUGGCUUUACUGGGUGAGGCAACGUGUGCCAUGUCGCUCUAAUGUGCUAUUAACUUAUACAUUAGGAUGUAUCCAAGUUUAUUUGUAUGUAAUUAAAAUGUUAUAACUGUGAUAAGACUUAUGUUUUAAUAGCAAAAUCAAUUCAUGUUUUUAAAGUCCUACCGCUCAGAGAUUGCGUUUUUAACAGGACAAUGUGUAAUUAAACAUGUUUGUCCCAUUCGCACGACCUGUCAGAAACGCAAUCACUGAGCGGCCGGAGUUUACUGACAAGCACAAUUGUUCAUCUGGUACAUAAUUAUCUAAACGGUAUAAUAAUGAACAACAUAAACGAGUAUUUCUUAACUCUUAUUACAGCAUUACUCGCAGUAUAUAGAUAAAAUUUCAACGGAGCAAUGUAGACAAAUUAUACAGCUUUGCUUACACA